AUGAAAUUGACAUCAUUGUUAUACUUUUAAUUGCUCUUUCUGGUUGCUUUCACUUUAAUGCCGAUGCCUAAGCAAUUUGAAAAGGGAGAUAAGACAGUGAAAAUUCUAUAGAGAUGUGCAAUUAAGUUUUCAUCUCAAUAAGAUUUCCCUGAUCAUGUUCUGUAAUUGUUACGUCAUUAUCAUGAAUUGAUGACUUAAAAUUCAAAUUGUUAAUUCGAUGAGUCAAUCAAGAAACAAAAUCUUUAAGUAGAAGGGUCAUUGAAAUUGAAUAUCAAUCUCCAAAACGAUGAGCAAUUAUAUUGGGUUAAUGAUACAAAACAAGAGGCAUACACUGUUGAAAUAGACGAGAAGCUAAAUGUUGUUAUCAAUGCUCCCAAUCACUGGGCUUUGGCAAGAGCUAUCGAUACAGUAAAUCAACUCACAGAAAACAAUGAAGUAGAAAAUCUUCCUCUAAAAAUCUAUGAUGAACCUGCUUAUGCGUACAGAGGAGUCAUGGUUGACACUGCCAGACAUUUCUUACCUCUAAAGAUUUUAGAAAGAACUAUAGAUGCACUAGUAAUAAACAAGAUGAAUGUUUUACAUUGGCAUAUAACAGAUGAUGAAAGCUUUCCUCUCUUGUUGACUAAUUAUAGUUAGAUAACAAACACAUCCAAACAUUGGGAUACUGCUUAUUUCACAAAAUCAGAUGUCUCAUAUAUCAUUGAAUAUGCAUCCAUAAGAGGAGUGUAGAUAAUCCCUGAAAUAGAUUCUCCUGCUCAUGCUCAAUCUUGGGGAAGAUCUCCAGAACUUGCAGAAAUGAUAAUCACAUGUGGCAGCACCAUAAAGCAAUAUGGACAAUUUGACCCAACGAUGGAAUUAACUUAUGAAGUCUUGAAAUCUGUGAUGCAAGACUUCAAUGACAUGUUUGCCAAAGUACAAUUUAUUCAUUUUGGUGGAGAUGAAGCUAGUAAUUCCUGUUUUGAUUAAAGACCAUCAAUAAAACAAUUUAUGAAUGAACAUGGAAUUGCAACCUACUUUGAUCUUCAGGUUUAUUAUAGAUAAAGAUAAAAAGAAAUUUGGAAAAAUGUUGUCAAGUCUUCAAAGAGAGUUGCUUAUUGGUAUAAUAAACAAGAUCAACUCCCUGCUGAAGAUGAUGAUAUUAUUCAUUGGUGGGGAUUAACAUCCUAAUUAGGAGAUGUGAAAAAUAGAAAGAAUGAUUUUAUUCUAAGCGACUAUCAUCCCUUAUAUUUGGAUGUCGGAGUUGGAAAUGCCUUUGGUAAUUCCUAUGAUGCUUACUAAACAUGGAAAGAUGUCUAUAAAUGGUCUCCAGUACCACCUGAAGGAUUUUAAGGGAAGGUUUUAGGAGGAGAAGCUACAUUAUGGGGUGAAACCAACAAUCAGAACACUCAUUUUUAGAAAAUGUUCUUGAGAUCUUCAAUAUUAGGAGACACAUUGUGGAAUCCUAAUUCAAAAUAAACUGAAUAAUUUUGGCAAUUUACCUAAAGAUUGAGUGAAAUGGAAGACAGAAUGAAUAAGUACGGAUUUCCUGUAUCACCAUUUACUCAUGACUAUUGUAAAAGACACACUAAACUAUGUUUCCCAACCCUUUAUUAAGAAGAAUAGAAUAAUCAAGAUGCUCCUGAGUCUUUGGUAUAGCCAUAACCCAAUAUCAUUUUACAAAGUCAACAAAGUGAGUGA